CGUUGAUCCUUUGACGUUGAAGCCGAUGGCGCACUCGUGUACUGCUCCAUGGCCACAUAACAGAACAGAACGCUUUCUUGCGGCUUGCCUCGCAUCUCCUCCACAAUCCCUUCAUCCUCGACACCCAGGUUAUGACCAGAUCGCUUGGACAUCUGCGGAGCAAAUUGAGUUUGUACUUUGUAGACCACACACAGGGGUACCGGCUAGUUCUCCAGUAGGUCACAUACAAGGCUACCGGCUAAAUCUCCUGUGGGAAAAGCACCGUGCACUUAGAAUGGGGGACCGAAUUGUCCUGGAGCGCAUACUUUCCGGAUUUGAGAAACCGACGAACCUCGCAUUAGCACUUUUACAGGAGAUCACUGAAAAUUUCUCUGAAAUGAGAAAAAUUGGGGAGGGUGGAUUUGGGGAGGUUUACAAGGGUGUGCUCCACAAUAGGAUUAUUGCCGUGAAGAGGAUAAUUGUGAGCGAACACACAAUCGACGACAGGCUAUUUGAUCGUGAAGUUAAAAAUUUGAUGAAGAUUAUUAGCCAUCGAAAUGUAGUUCGUUUUCUCGGCUUUUGUUCAAAUACACAUCGUGAGGCGAUAAAAGAGGAAGGAUCAACAGAAUUGGUUUUGGCCCAGAUGAGAGAAAGAUUACUUUGUUUCGAGUAUAUCAGCAACAGAAGCCUCGAUAAACAUAUUACCGAUGAAUUACGAGGACUUGAAUGGAGUAUACGAUACGAAAUAAUCAAAGGAAUUUGUCAUGGUUUGCAUUACCUUCACGAGGAAAAAAAUAUUAUUCAUAUGGACCUCAAACCUGGCAAUAUAAUGAUAGAUGAAGAUAUGGUGCCAAAGAUAACAGAUUUUGGUUUAUCAAGACUUGAUAAACAUACACACACCAGUGGUACCCGUUAUAUAACACAAGGAUACUGUGCUCCAGAAUACGUGAAUGGUGGCAAGACAUCAAAAAAGGCUGACAUGUAUAGUUUGGGUGUUAUACUCACGGAACUGAUAACCGGACUUAAGGGCGAUCCAGAAAAUGUUAAUGUGCUGCGAAGGUGGAUGCACAGGUGGAAUAAAUCACCAAAACAUACAGUACUGUCCCAGUACCAGCAAGUAACUAAAUGCAUGAAAAUUGCAUCAUGCUGCAGGAAAAAGGAACCAUCAGAUAGACCUUUUAUAUUGGAUAUAAUUGGCAUUCUCAAUGAAUCUGAAGAAAUCACGAAUGAGCACAUUGACAAGAUAAGCCUUUACUCGGAUGACAUGCUUGGAAUUAAGCCGCUCGAACUACGGUUUCUCUUUGAGCGUCAGAAACAGAUAUCAUCCGUAGUUAAGCUAAUCAACAAGACAAAGGAUUACUACGCCUUCAACAUCGAAACACCAAGCCAACAGUACUGUGCACAACCAAACAAAGGCAUUGUGUGUCCACAAUCCAAGUGUACUAUCCAGAUAACAAUGCAAAUGCAUGAGACUACACCACAAGAUAUGCCGUACACCGACGAUUUUAUCGUGCAAAGCACAAAAGUCGACGGGGACCUUAGAGCAGGGGAUAUCACUGAUGUCUUGUUCAACAAAGAGCCGGGUAAAGUGGAUGAGGUAAUUUUGACAGUUGUGGUAUAUCUGCCUGAGAAAUCUAAGGGAGAUCUCAAGAGUCGAGAAGACACCAAGAAAAAACGGAAUAUGGUUGAAUAUGCUUUUAGCAAGGACAAACCUGGCGUCGGCGCAACUAUGCAAUCAGAGGACAUUAAUUCUAUUGGUUACAAAGAUGUGCGAGGACAAUGUACUGGGCAACCUGAGCACCAUAGCUUCCAUGCAGCUCCAAGCAUGCAAACCAAGAUGAGCAACAGAGUUGUGGAUCUUGCAACAGGGGCCAUGGGCAGCCUUCUCUACAAGCUUGGCGACCUCCUCAAGGAAGAGUACAAUCUAGAGAUUGGUGCGAAGACAGACAUAGAGUAUUUCUCAGAUGAGCUUUUGGAGAUGCAGUUAGCGCUCUGCAAGGUGUCCGAGGUACAACGAGACAACCUCAAUGACCAGGUCAUACACUGGGCCAACAAUGUUAGGGAUAUGUCAUAUGACAUUGAGGAUGUGGUUGAUGGCUUUUUGGUACACAUCGAGCAUGCCUCUAAUACAGGCUUCUUCAUGGGGCUCAUGCAGAACAUGUUCAAUCUCUUCAAGUGGGGAAAGACUCACAAUCCGAUCCGUGACACGAUCAAAGACAUAAAGAAACAAGUUAAAGAUGCGGCUGAUAGGCGUAGAAAGUGCAAGGUUGAUGAAGUCGUGGCUAAUGUAGCUGUCGUGACUACAAUUGACCCUCGCAUUUCAGCUAUAUACAAAGAUCAGAAAGAGCUCGUUGGAAUUAAAGAGCCAAGAAAUGAGCUAAUCAAGUGGCUCUCUGAUAAGGAGGGGGGUGGAGAUGUGUCUAAGAAGCAACUCAAGAUAGUCUCUAUUGUUGGAUUCGGAGGAUUGGGCAAGACAACACUUGCCAAGGCAGUGUAUGACAAGCUUCAAUCCCAGUUCUAUCCUAUGGUUUUUGUUCCAGUGGGUAGGAAUCCUAAUGUGAAAAAAGUUUUUGAGGCAAUUCUCCAUGAGCUUGGCUAUGGUUUCAAUGCACUAAACUUAAAUGAAAUGCAGCUCAUCAACAAAAUUCGAGAAUUGCUCCAGAACAAGAGGUACUUCAUAGUAAUUGAUGAUAUAUGGGAUUCCUCAGCGUGGGAUAUUAUUAAAUGUGCUUUGACAAAUGACAAUUGUGGCAGUGGAGUGUUGACAACUACCAGGAUUCGCUCUGUUGCUGAUGACUGUUGCAUACAUAGCAGAGGAUAUGUUUAUAUGAUGAAACCACUAAAUAACCAAGACUCAAGAAAACUUUUUGUUAGUAGAAUAUUUGGUACCCAAGAAGCUUGCCCUAAUGUACCAGCAGAGAUUUCAACUGACAUUCUGAAAAAAUGUGGUGGCUUGCCACUUGCUAUCAUCAGCAUAGCAAGCCUUCUGGCUCAUAACCCAAGGUCAAGAUGGGAUUCUAUAAGGAAUUCUUUGGUGUCUGUGUUUGCAGGAAAUCAUGAUGAUCUUAAAGAUAUGGAACAAAUAUUGGAUCUUAGCUACAUGCAUCUCCCUCACCAUCUUAAGACAUGCCUGCUUGAUAUUGGUAAGUACCGAGAGGACCAGGAGAUAGAAAAGGAUUAUUUGCUGAGGCAAUGGAUAGCUCAAGAGUUUGUGAGCACAACUAGUGUGCGUGAUGCCGAGGAUGUCGCAGAAGACUACUUCUAUAAGCUCAUCAACAUGAGCAUGAUCCAACCUUGGAAGAUAGACUACAAUGAUGAGGUGUUGUCCUGCAAAGUACAUGAUAUAAUGCUUGAUCUCAUCAGAUCCAAGGUCGCAGAAGAAAAUUUUAGUCUUAUAAUAGAUGGGCCCGAAGUUGUGAUAAGGGAACACAAAAGGGUCCGCCGAGUCUCCAUUUAUUACAAUGGUGAAGAUGAUGGUGAAAUACUAGAAGCAAUCAGUGGGCCACUAUCGCAUGUUCGGUCGAUCUUACUUUUUAGAGGGCCUCUUGUGCCUUCUUUUCUGGUGCUGAAGUAUGUUCGAGUUCUUCACCUUGAAGAUGAGAGAUGUGAGAGGCUAGACCUCACCGGUAUUUGUGGGUUGUUUCUACUAAGGUAUUUAAAGAUUUUUUGCUGCAGGAUACAUUUGAUACUACCUAGUAAAAUUGGGGAGCUACGGCAAUUGGAGACAGUAGAAGUGGAAGGGCAAUAUAAACCGACAUCUCUUCCAUCAGAUAUUGUUACUUUGCCCCGGUUGUCGCAUCUCAGUUAUUCAAAUGGUCUGGUGUUGCCUGACGGGAUUGGCAAGUUGAAAUCUCUGCGCACCCUACGAGGUGCUGCAUUUUUGGAAAGCUCGGUGGACAAUAUUAAGGGCCUCGGCGAGCUGACAAACUUGAGGGAACUUGAGAUGUUUUCGGAAUUGCGGUUUUAUAAUGAAGAGGAUGAAUUGGAGUGGAAGAUGCAUAUUGAUGCCUUGCGCUCUUCCAUUGGAAAGCUUUCCAACACCCUCAGGAGCCUUUAUAUCGGAGAAAGAUGCCCCAUAGUACCGCUGGUCCAUGGCUGGAGCAGCACACUAACCCCACCUCGUCGUCUUCGGAAGCUUGAUCUGACUGGCUGUGAGUUCCAAGGAAUCCCCGAGUGGAUUGCUCAGCUCCACGAGCUCUACAGUUUAACUAUUUUCGUGAGGGAAGUGGCUGAUUUUGUCAGUAUUGUUGCAGGGUUGCGUUCCCUUGCGCACUUAGAAUUGCGGGGACUCAUGUAUGGACUGUCUAAAAGGGAAAAGUGGGUAAUCAUCAAUGCCAGGGCAUUCGGAGCGCUCAAGCAUCUGGAGUUGUACUGUCCUUAUGUGUCACUGGUCUUUGAAGCGGGAGCUAUGCCCAACCUAGAGAAGCUCGGCAUAUGCUUUCGUUUCUUCAUAUCUGCUGAAUUGUUACCAGUUGGCAUCGAGCACUUGCCAGCAGGCACUCUGCGGGAUAUCCAUUUAACGUUGGCGUCCAACGGUAAUGAGGUAGUGGCCUCCCAGUUCGAACAACAUAAAGCAGCUGUCGGUAUGCUGUUGAAGAGCGCGUUUGAGGCGCAUCAUCCUGCUGCAGAUGUCACCAUUGACUUUGAUAACGUCCUCAAGAGAUUGAUGCAGUCGCUGUAACUCGUGUUUUAAGGAGGUUUUAUUCCGAGCUACUGCACUGAUCUGUAUGUGGUCCUUACUCACUCCGACGGAGGCCAGGGAGCGUUUGGUUACUGGAUCUGUACGGUGGGAGAUGGUAGCGCGGGAUAUCUUCAACUGGUUUGGAUGGCGGUCAUGUAAUAGGAUAGACGAUUAGUUUACCUAUCUUUCUUAUGCCAGCCGGUUGUGGCUUUUGGGUCUUUUGUUUUUCGCAUUGUGGCUCUUUGUGAGCUAG